UAUCUCAGUAGGCACUCAUAUUUAUCUCACUUUUGUUCAUCAAACGACAAACGAAAAUGGCCGCGGAACCAUCUUUGGAGUUCAAACUGGACGAAGACUUUCUCUUCAUUCUGGGUUUCGCCCGGAGCAGCAUGUAUCUGUUCCAAAAAAGGCCCGUCGAACAAGGGUUGAUCGAAUCGUGGUUCGAGAAGCUGUGCCUCGAAAUCCACCACGGAAUAGACGCCAAGCGGCAGCGUAACCUCUAUCUCGUCAAACUGGUAAACUGCGUUCAGUCCGGAAUUCUGACUGACCCCUUCCUGGCCAAACCUCCAACCGGACCGUUAGAUCCAUUGCCGCAAACCAUCGCUCCUUCGAACCUGGAUGAACCUCCGUGGUUGAAGGAAUUCGAAGCAGAAGCAGCUGCCAUGGCGUUGGAAAGUGGUGGCUCGAAGGACUUCAGCAGCUAUCUCUGCACCAAGCAGUUGGACGACGGAAAGGGCCUCUGCGCGUAUCUGGCAGUGUCGGUGGCCGAUGAAGGAGAGAAGCCCCGGUGGUUCGAAAUGGGCUCGGGAAGGCCUUUGCUGUUGUCCGAGCUGGACGCGGAAAUUGAAGCCGCUUUUCAGGACUUCAUGGGACGUGUAGAAGAGGACGGAAUACUGGAGGAGAGUGGGGGUCUUGGGGAGUACAGCGAGAAGCUGUUGGAUGCCAUUAGACGAGAGUUGGAUGGUCAAGCGCCAGCUGGAGAAGACGUGUAUUUGGAUUAUUUGCUGACGGAGUUAGCGGCGCACAUGGCCAACAAAUCGAUGGGUCGGGAAUUAGAAACGUACAAUCAUGCCCAGAGAAGGGCUUUUCUCUUGGGUUAUUUGGAGAAAAAGCUGCGAGUUCAAAUGGAAGAGAGGGGAUACAUAUACUGAAAUCUGAAGUUCUUAUACACUACUUAUUUUCUGAAACAUCUCGGAAUCCAGAGAAAGCUUGAUGACUGAAAAACACUACGUUUGUUAUGCGAAAUAGGUUAAUAUUUCAAAAAUAUGUUCUGUAAUAAAUCAGUAUUU